UUCAUUAAAAUUUUGUGUAGGCCAGGUUUAGGCAGAGAGAAGUUGGGGAUAUUAAUGGAUCGGUGAAGCUUUAAUAAGUAAACUGCUUUCUCUUGUGUUAUAUAUAUAAACUAAAGUCGGUAAGAGAAGGGGGUGUCCUGAAGCUGUGCGAAAACUUAAGUCCUACGUACACUAUGCGCCGGUGGUGGUGGUGGUCCUCUUAUUGCGUUGGCAUCUGCUCGACCUCGGCCGUUUUCAUGUUUCUUGUUCUUGUUUCCGAAUGCAGUCCUCCGGAGGAUCCCAUCAAAUGCGGAUCCGUAUCCCCAAAUAAAUACGCCAAUUGUACCAUCACAAAUUCCUACGGCGCGUUUCCGGACCGAAGCAUCUGCCGCGUGGCGGAGGUGAUAUACCCAACCACAGAGGCGGAGGUGAUGUUGGCGGUGGCAGCGGCGACGAGAGGCUUGAGGAAAAUGAAGGUGGGGACUCGGUUUUCUCACAGCAUUCCAAAGCUGGCAUGUCCGGAGGGGGAGGAGGGGGUGGUUAUAAGCACAAAGUACUUGAACAGAACUGUGAAAGUGGACGUUGAGGGAAUGAGCAUAAGCGUGGAAGGGGGAGCCACGCUUAGGCAGAUCAUAGAGGAUGCUGCGACGGCUGGGCUGGCGCUGCCUCAUACUCCUUACUGGUGGGGGCUCACCAUCGGAGGUCUCCUAAGCACCGGGGCUCAUGGGAGCUCACUAUGGGGCAAAGGCAGCUCAGUCCACGACUACGUUGUGGCGGUUAAAAUGGUAAGUCCCGGUGGUUCCGAAGAUGGAUACGCCAAACUACGGACCAUUCUACCUGAUGACCAAAACCAUCUCAACGCUGCCAAAGUUUCUUUGGGAGUUCUUGGAGUUAUUACACAGGUAACUCUGAAAUUACAACCUAUGUUCAAGCGAUCCAUCACGUAUUUGAAAAGGGAUGACAAGGAUUUGGGGGAUGAAGUACUUAGGUUUGGGAAACAUUACGAAUUUGGAGAUAUGACUUGGUAUCCAAGCCAUCGAAAAGUUGUGUAUCGCAUAGACACCCGCGUUCCGUCCAAUACCUCCGGUAAUGGCGUCUACGACUUUAUCCCAUUUCGCCCCACACCUUCCAUAGGCUUGGCACUUAUUCGAGCCUCAGAGGAGGAGCAAGAAUCAAGGCGUGAUGCAGCUGCCAAGUGUUCAAGUGGAAACCUAAUUACGUCCACUCUUUCACUAUUGGCUUACGGAUUAACCAACAAUGGCAUCACAUUUCUGAAAUAUCCUGUGAUUGGGUAUAACAAUCGACUUCAGUCCUCUGGAAGUUGCCUAGACAGCCUCAAUGAUUUGAGAAUAACGACAUGCCCUUGGGAUCCUUCGAUCAAAGGAGAGUUCUUCCAUCAAACAGCCAUUAGCAUUGAGUUGACAAUGGUCAAAAGUUUCAUCGAAGAUGUCCAGAGACUUGCUGAGUUGGAGCCAAUGGCAUUCUGUGGUCUCGAGCUCUACAACGGCAUCCUCAUGCGAUAUGUUAGAGCCUCCACCGCCUACUUAGGGAAGCAACAAGAUGGCGUUGACUUUGACUUCACAUAUUACAGAAGCAGAGACCCGAUGAGUCCAAGGCUUUUCGAGGACGUGAUAGAGGAGGUGGAGCAAAUGGCAGUGUUCAAAUAUGGAGGCAUUCCCCAUUGGGGAAAGAACAGGAACGUAGCAUUUCAUCAAGUAUUUCACAAAUACAGAGAUAGAGAAAAGUUUUUGAAGAUUAUGAAGGAAUAUGAUCCCCAUGGGUUGUUCUCAAAUGAGUGGACAGAUCAAAUCCUUGGAGUGGAAGGAACAGUGAUUAUAUACAAAGAUGGUUGUGCGUUGGAAGGACUUUGCAUAUGCUCUCAACACAAUCAUUGUGCCCCAAGUAAGGGCUACUUUUGUAGGGCUGGCAGAAUUUACAAGGAUGCUAGAGUUUGUUCUUAUUUACAAUCACCCAAUCAUUCUUAAUUAAUUACCGAACUUAUGAUAUAUAUAUUAUGUACACAUAGCCGGCAAUAUGUCAAUAUGAUAUGUAAGACCUUGUUUACACUAAUUAUUCAUUAGGUAAUUUUUGUUUUCAAUAAUACUAUGAUACAUCUAAGAUAACAUCCAUCUUUACGCAGUCUCACUAUUUUAUUAAAUUAUAAGUCAUAUGACAAAUGUGAUCUA